AUGGCAUCCCCGGCCUACGAAAAGACCCCUGUUAAUACUGUGAAGCGGUUGGGUAAAGAGAGAGGCAACUACGACUACAAAAAUGUCCACAGCAUCGUCAAUUCCAGCCCAGUCGUCCAUGUCUCCUUCAACCCCAUCGCAGCCGACGACCCAUUUCCCGCCGUGCUACCCAUGCUAGGCGUCACCGGCUCCUUCACCUCGCAAGACGCCGACCCAGCAACCAGCGAGCAGGACCUCUACAUCCACGGCUACGUCGGCUCGCGCCUGAUGAAGCAGUCCUCCGCCAGCGGCGACGACCAAGGCACCCCUGUGACCGUCGCAGCCACCCUAAUGGACGGCCUGGUCCUCGCCCUCACGCCCAACCACCACAGCUGCAACUACCGCUCCGCCGUCGUCUUCGGCUACGCCUCGCUCGUGACCGACGAGGCCGAGAAGCUGUAUGCCCUGGAGCUCAUCACGAACAACAUGAUCCCCAAUCUCUGGGCUAACUGCCGCGUUCCGCCGAACAAGACGGAGAUGACGAGCACGACUAUCUUGCGGGUGAAGAUCAGCCUUGCGAGUGCGAAAAUUAGGAGUGGGGGCCCGAGCGAGGAUAGGCAUGAUGCGAAGGAUGAGGCGUUGAGGAAGAGGGUGUGGACGGGGGUAGUGCCAAGCUGGACGCAGUGGGGGGAACCUAUUCCGGCGAAGGCGACACUGGUAGAGGAGGUGCCGGAGCAUGUGGAGAGUUGGAGGGCGCUGGCGAAUAGGGAUGGGAGGGUGGGUGCUUAUGAGGCGGCGGUCGAGAAAGAGAAAUAG